AUGCCUGUGUCCCUUGGUGUACCACAGGGUUCCGUUCUGGAUCCUUUCCUGUUUGUUGUUAACAUUAGUGACCUAGACAUGAAUGUAGAAGUUGUCAUCAGUAAGUUUGCAGAUGACAUGCUAAUUGGUGGUAUGACAAAUUCAUCUUGUCGACUUUAUGUUAAGAUUACAGAUGCUAACAAAAGUCGAUUUGAAGUUCCACAUGAAAUCAUUAAACCAUUUGAGGGUCCUGCAGCAUCAAAUCCUAAUUAUGAAGUUGAGCUCUCUAAGAAUCCUUUUGGAAUUUCAAUAAGGAGAAAGUCCACCAGAACUGUGCUGUUUGACACUUCGGUGGCACCAUUGAGGUUUGCUGAUCAGUAUUUGCAAAUAACUGCAAAACUUCCUAGUCACAACAUCUACGGGCUAGGAGAACAUGUUCAUAAACACUAUCGCCAUGAUACUAACUGGAAAACCUGGCCUAUCUUCACCAGAGAUGCAUUUCCUAAUGGGGAGAUGAGUAAUCUCUAUGGACAUCACACUUUCUUUAUGUGUCUGGAAGGAGAGAAUGGCUUAGCCUUUGGUGUUUUCUUGCUGAAUAGCAAUGCAAUGGAGGUUGAACUUCAGCCAAGUCCAUCAAUAACAUAUAGAACAAUUGGUGGAGUUCUGGAUUUCUACAUUUUUGUGGGUUCUUCACCUGAGGAUGUUGUUCGUGAAUACUUAACACUGGUUGGCAAACCGAAAAUGCCUGCAUACUGGUCUCUGGGAUUCCAACUUAGUCGCUGGGGUUAUAAAAACCUCAGCGAUGUUGAAGCUACAGUAGCGAGGAACAGAAAGAUUAAUCUGCCAUAUGAUAUCCAGAUCACUGAUAUUGACUACAUGGAAAAUAAAAAGGAUUUUACUUAUGAUUUGGGAAAGUUCCGCAAUUUACCUGAAUUUGCUCACGAUUUACAUGCACAUGGCCAGAGAUACAUUAUCAUUCUGGAUCCAGCCAUUAGCACACAGGCACUGACGAAUGGUCCCUAUGAAUCUUAUGAUAAGGGCACAAAAAUGGGAGUGUGGGUCCAUGAAUCUGACGGAAAGACACCCCUUUUAGGAGAGGUCUGGCCAGGUGAAACUGUCUUCCCCGACUAUACAAAUCCCCAGUGCAUUAAAUGGUGGGUGGAGGAAUGUGCAAACUUCCAUCAAACGAUAAAUUAUGAUGGACUUUGGAUAGAUAUGAAUGAAGUGUCAAGUUUUAAGUUUGGUUCAGUAAAGGGAUGUGUUAAGAAUCAAUGGAACAAUCCUCCCUUUGUUCCAAAGAUUGUUGAUAGACUGAUGUAUGCUAAGACCCUUUGCAUGGAUGCCCAACAAACUGGAGGAAUGCAUUAUGAUCUUCACAGUCUUUAUGGACAUUCAAUGAUACUUGCUACUGAACAAGUAAUUAACCGUGUGUUUCCUGGAAAAAGAAGCAUUAUUCUUUCACGAUCAACGUUUGCUGGGUCAGGAAGUUAUUCAGGACACUGGCUGGGAGAUAAUGCAGCAAACUGGAAUGACAUCAAGUGGGCAAUUCCCGGAAUGCUUGAGUUUAAUCUUUUUGGUUUUCCAUAUAUAGGAGCAGAUAUUUGUGGUUUCUUUGACAAUUCACCUGAAGAACUAUGUAGGAGAUGGAUGCAGGUUGGAGCAUUUUAUCCAUUUUCUAGGAACCACAAUGCUGAGAAUUAUAAACCUCAAGAUCCUGCCUUUUAUGGUGAAGACUCCCUUUUAGUGAACAGUUCCAAGCAUUACUUGAAUAUUCGAUAUACAUUGCUUCCUUACCUCUACACGCUCUUUCACAAGGCCAAUGUUAAUGGAGACACUGUAGUUCGACCACUGCUUCAUGAGUUUCCUACAGACAAAACAACAUGGACUAUCGACCUUCAGUUCCUAUGGGGACCUGCUCUUCUUAUCACACCUGUACUGGAUCCCAGUACGGAAAUUGUCCAUGCCUAUGUGCCUGAUGCAGUUUGGUAUGAGUAUGAAACAGGUUCUGCCAUAUCAUCUCGAAAGCAGUUUCUGGAUAUGCAUUUACCAGGCGAUAAACUGGGGCUUCAUGUCAGAGGUGGAUUUAUAUUCCCAACACAGCAACCAGCAAACACUACCUUUUUUAGUCGGAAGAACCCACUGGGUCUCCUCGUUGCCCUUGAUGAACAAGGGAAGGCUAGUGGAGAAUUAUUCUGGGAUGAUGGAGAAUCGAAAGAUACAUACAAAGAGGGAGUUUAUACUGCCUAUCAAUUUACAGUUGCAGAGAAUGUUUUGGAUAUCAUAGUCGUAAAACGAGGAUACAUUGACCCAAACAACCUUAAAUUUGGAGAAAUAAAAGUCUUUGGCAUGAAUAAUGCUCCGCUUUCCGUCAUUGUGAAACAUGGCCAGAAUGUCACAAUUUUAUUACCAGAAAAUAUCAUUUAUAAUGCCACCACUAAGGUUGCUUAUUUUACUGGUCUUCAACUAGAACUAGGAGAAUCAUAUUCAGUAGAAUGGAAUUCUUCAAUAAGGAUUGACUGUCACCCUGAAGUAAAUGCAAAUGAAGCUGCUUGUAAAAAGCGGGGUUGUAUAUGGGAAAGCAGUUCCACACCUUCUGAACCGUACUGUUUUUACGAGAAAGACUAUGGUUAUCUCCUGAACACAGACAAAAGAAUUAUAGUAACAGAACGUGGGAUGAGAGCCGAAAUUAUGAGGAAUAAAGCAUAUCCGAAAAGUUACCCAGGCCUAACACCAACUGUGCAAAUCCUGCAAGUUGAUGUCACAUACCUGAGUGACAAUAUGUUGAAUUUUAAGAUUUUUGACCCAAAGGCAAAACGAUUUGAGGUUCCAGUCCAACUGAACAUCCCCAAAGGGACAAAAGGUGAUAAUUCUACAAGACUUUAUGAGGUUCAAUUUACGAAUUUUCCAUUUGGGAUCCAGGUCAAAAGGAAGAGUACAGGUGUAAUGAUUUGGAAUUCCCAAUUGCCUGGCUUAACAUUUACUGACCAAUUUAUACAAAUUUCAACCCACCUCCCUUCAAAAUAUAUUUAUGGCUUUGGAGAAACUGAGCAUCAAAGUUUCAAACACGAUCUGAACUGGAAUACUUGGGGAAUGUUUGCCAAAGAUCAGCCACCUGGUUAUAAAAUGAACUGUUAUGGGAGCCAACCUUUUUAUAUGGGUCUUGAAGAAAAUUUCAAAGCCCAUGGUGUACUAUUGUUGAACAGUAAUGCAAUGGAUGUAACAGUUCAACCUUAUCCCUCUCUGACAUAUCGCACUAUUGGAGGAAUCCUGGAUUUUUAUCUGGUUCUUGGUCCAAACCCAGAAAAUGUUGUUGAACAAUACACAGCACUUAUUGGCCGCCCAGUCAUGCCGCCCUAUUGGUCACUGGGAUUUCAGUUAUGUCGAUAUGGAUACAAGAAUACCACUGAAAUUGAGGAUCUCUACACUGACAUGAAGAAUGCAAAAAUUCCAUAUGACGUGCAAUAUGUUGACAUUGAUUACAUGGAGCGGCAGUUGGACUUUACUCUUGAUGCCGAUGAUUUCCAGAAUUUGCCAGACUUUUUUGAUAAAAUAAGAAGUGAAGGGAUGCGAACUAUUAUCAUUUUGGAUCCAGCAAUUUCAGGUAAUGAAACUAAACCUUAUGAAGCCUUUACCACUGGAAUCCAUAAUGAUGUCUUCGUUAAAUGGGAGAAAAGCACUGAUGUUAUAUGGGGGAAGGUAUGGCCAGAUCUUCCAAAUGUAACAGUUGAUACGUCAAAACCCUGGGAAUAUCAAGUGGAGCAUUAUCGAUCUUAUACUGCUUUCCCGGACUUCUUCCGCAAUGAAACAAUCAACUGGUGGCAUACAGCAAUAAAAGAGUAUUAUGAGAAAACCUUGAAGUUUGAUGGACUAUGGAUUGACAUGAAUGAACCUGCCAGCUUUGUUCAUGGAUCUGUUCAUACGUGUCAUGAUAACAAACUGAACUAUCCACCUUAUAUGCCAGCUCUUGAAUCAAAGCAUUCCGGACUGAGUCACAAAACCCUCUGCAUGGAAAGUGAACACUUUCUACCUGAUGGAACUUCAGUGAGACACUAUGAUGUGCAUAACCUGUAUGGAUGGUCACAAACAAAGCCAACACUUGACUCAUUACAGAAUAUAACUGGAGAGCGAGGGAUUGUGGUGACACGUUCAACUUUCCCAUCUAGUGGUCAAUGGGCGGGUCAUUGGCUUGGAGACAACACAGCUGCCUGGAACCAGUUGCAUAAAUCAAUCAUUGGAAUGAUGGAGUUCAGUCUGUUUGGAAUUUCUUAUACUGGAGCAGACAUCUGUGGCUUUUUCAAUAAUGCUACUUAUGAAAUGUGUCUUCGAUGGAUGCAGCUUGGAGCAUUCUACCCAUAUUCUAGGAACCACAAUGGAUUGGGGUUCACUGACUGGGAAUACCCAAACAAUAAGGCUGUUCAUCAGGCCUUGAGAGUUGGCUGA